GCCUCAUAACGACGAAACUUCGAAAAAUGGAUAAACUGUCACACUACAGUAUUUUAAUCCUUCUGUUUUUCCAAUAUGCAAGAGGGGACUAUAGUUGCAUUUGUAAUUAUAGUGUUGAAAAGAAGGUCUACAGCCAUGCAUCUGCAUCCAGCAAGGAAAUAGGAUCGAUGUACGAAUUUGACUGCAAGGCGGAGGCAAUGCAGUCACAAGAUCCGCAAUGGUUGGCCAUUGAAUUUGAGCAUCAGUACGGUUAUAUAUUGAAAGACUCAAAUAUCCAGAUACAGACAUGCCAAGGAAACGCACCUGGGGUAGAUAGAGUUACAACUACAACUACAAUUUCAACGACGACUAUGACAUCUAUGACACCAUCAACGAUCACUUUAUCAACAACAAAGGGAACACAAAUGACCAGCACUACCACAGCAACAACUACCACAACACCAUCAAUGUCUUCCAAUGCGACAACAAUAGGUUUAACAACUUCUCAACCAGCGACCACAACAAUGAAAACAACAAAUAAGCAAGCAACGGCUACCAAUCCCCAAACAACAACAACUAAACAAACAGCAUCGACAACAACAUCAACAAUACCGACAACAUCAACAACACUAACAACUGCAACACCGAAGGUAACGACUGCUACAACGAUAACAAUGAGAACAACAACUCCAUCAACAUCGUCGACAACAGCAUCAACAAUGCCAUCAACAGCUACAACAACAAGAGCAACAACAACCGCUACGCCAAAGGCAACAACUGCUAUCAAGACCACAAUGAGAACAACAGCGCCAACAACAUCAACUUCAUUUACCACUCAUCAGCCUACAACGCACGCAACACAUCCCCAAUCUGGUUCCCAUGGAAAUUGUCGGAAUUACAUGCACUACGCAGCGAGUGAACACGGAACAAUAUUUAGUGUGGGGGACAAAUGCUACGAGCUUGUCCCAACAUUACGUUCGUGGUUUGAUGCGGAAAACGACUGUAGGCACAAGGGCGGGCACCUUGCACAUAUUGGGGAUAGUAGCCACCAGCAAGCGAUUAACAAUGUGGUCCAGCAGUAUCAUGGCGACCAAGGAGUAUGGAUUGGACUUCACGAUCUACAACAUGAAGAACAUUUCCAAUGGACUUCAGGUGACCCAGUGACCUACACUAACUGGAUGCCUGGCAGGAAGAACCUAUUUUUUCAUGGCGUGGAAGAUUGUGUAGGUCUCGGUGUCCAUCAGUACCAUGGGAGAUGGGAAGAUCUUACAUGUGGACAGAAGAUUGCAUAUAUCUGCGAAUUUGGUGCUGUUAUUCCUACGACCACGUCGACUCAUAUUGUGAACACCCCACCAUCAAACGUCUUAGAAGGAAACAGCAGGCUUUGUCCAUAUACGGUCCAGCAGUAUGCAAGUCACUACAACACUCUCUUGGUACAGCAUGGAAGAAGUUGCUACGAGCUGCUGCAUAAUAAAGUCACGUGGUCUCACGGGGAAAGCCUUUGUGUAAAGGCGGGAGGACACCUUGUCCACAUAAACACCGCACAGGAGCAAGCCUACAUCCAAGCACUUAUGAUGAAAUACAAUCCCAACUAUGCAGUUUGGAUUGGUCUUCACGAUAAAAAUGUCGAAGGGCAAUUCCAAUGGACAGCUGGCGGCAGUUUCGUUGACAUGUCGCUGCUGAAAGGGCAGUAA